GAAAGUUCCAGACGGAGGUAUUUUUACGUUGUACUACACUUCCAGCAACUUGAUAGUUAGCGAAAGGUUAUAGUGGCUGUUUGUUUUUUCAGUGUUUUACUUGUUUUUUAUUUUUAGAUUACGACAGAGAAGUUAUUACAUGAUGUGAUAGACGGCGAUUAGUGAGGUUAACGUUUUAUUCGGGUUUAAAAGUGCUAUUUGUUUUGUUUAGCUGCUCUCUUGCUAACGUUAGCAGAGUAGCCUGUGGACUAGCCAGCUAGGUCAGCUGACGUUUGCUAAGCCAGUAACUGGACGACUGGUACCGGUUCGGAGAAACAUCUCCACUUCUGCCCUAAUUCUUCACUCUGACGCUCACAACGGAGACCUUACGUUUUUCAUGCGAGCACCGGAGUCUGUUCGGACAUUUUAAUGGGAGGCAGCUGGCUCCGGGGUGGACGUUGCGGGCAGCAGUCUCCAGCAAAGCGGAGCUUGUGGCGACGCGUCGGGCUCACAUGGAGUCACUGGCCGGCUACGUGUACAAGGCAGCCAGUGAGGGUCGAGUCCUGACCCUGGCCGCGCUGCUGCUCAACCACACCGAGGCGGAGACGCGCUUCCUGCUGGCCUAUGUGACCCAGCUGGCCGGCCAGAGGUCCACUCCGCUCAUCAUCGCCGCCCGCAACGGACACGACAAGGUAGUCCGGCUGCUCUUGGAUCAUUACAGAGUGGACACCGAGCAGACGGGAACCGUAAGGUUCGACGGCUAUGUGAUCGACGGGGCCACUGCGCUGUGGUGCGCAGCAGGGGCGGGGCACUUCGAGGCAGUGCGCCUGCUGGUGAGCCAUGGUGCCAACGUCAACCACACCACCAUCACCAACUCCACACCACUUCGGGCGGCCUGCUUUGACGGGCGCCUGGACAUUGUGCGUUUCUUGGUGGAGCACGACGCCGACAUCAGCAUCACCAACAAGUACAACAACACCUGCCUCAUGAUCGCCGCCUACAAAGGCCACGCCGACGUAGUGGGCUUCCUGCUGGAGCGCGGAGCCAACCCCGAUGCCAAGGCCCACUGCGGCGCCACCGCCCUGCACUUUGCCGCGGAGGCGGGCCAUCUGUGCAUCGUGGCGGAGCUGGUGAGGCGGCGGGCGGUCAUGGCUGUCAACGGACACGGGAUGACGCCACUGAAGGUGGCGGCGGAGAGCUGCAAGGCGGAUGUGGUGGAGCUGCUGCUGGCGCAUGCCAACUGUGAGCCGCAGCGGCGCAUUGAAGCGCUGGAGCUGCUGGGCGCCUCCUUUGCCAAUGACCGCGAGAACUACGACAUUAGCAAGACGUACCAAUACCUCCAUACCGCCAUGGAGGAGCGCUAUUGCGACCCGCACAACGUCAUCGCCAAGGAGCCACUUCCGCCCAUUGAGGCUUAUGGGGGGCGGCGCGAGUGCCAGACGCUGGCGGAGCUGGAGUCAAUCCAAACAGACCGCGACGCUCUGCACAUGGAGGGACUGAUGAUCCGUGAGCGCAUACUGGGCUCGGACAGCAUAGACGUGUCCCAUCCCAUCAUCUACCGCGGUGCUGUCUACGCUGACAACAUGGAGUUUGAGCAGUGCAUCAAGCUGUGGCUGCACGCGCUGUGCCUCCGCCAGCGAGGGAACCGUAACACCCACAAGGACCUGCUGCGCUUCGCCCAAGUCUUCUCGCAGAUGCUCCACCUGAAGGAGCGCCUGGGGGCAGCAGCAGUAGAGCAGGUGCUGGGCUGCAGCACGCUGGAGAUCCGUCGCAGCAUGGCACGCAUGGAUACUGCUGUGGAGAGCGAGCUGCCACAGGCGGCGGACAACUACGAGUCCAACGUAUUCACCUUUCUCUACCUCGCCUGCAUCGCCACCAAGACGCCGUGCGGCGACGAGGAGCGCGUACGCAUCAACAAGCACGUGUACGACGUGAUCCAGCUGGACCCACGUUCCCGCGAGGGCGCCUCACUGCUCCACCUAGCCAUCAGCUCCAGCACACCUGUGGAUGACUUCCACACCAACGACGUUUGCAGCUUCCCAAAUGCGCAGGUCACCAAGUUGCUGCUGGACUGCGGCGCGCACGUCAACGCCGUCGACCAUGAGGGCAACACGCCGCUGCACGUCAUCGUGCAAUACAACCGUCCCAUCAGCGACUUCCUCACGCUGCACGCCAUCAUCAUCAGCCUGGUGGAGGCGGGUGCGCACACUGACAGGACCAACAAGCAGAAGAAGACACCGCUGGACAAGAGCACCACGGGCGUGUCAGAGAUCCUCCUUAAGACACAGAUGAAGAUGAGCCUUAAGUGCCUGGCGGCACGUGCUGUGCGACGCCACCGCAUUACCUACCGGAACCAGAUCCCCAAAAGCCUCGAGGAGUUUGUAGAGUUCCACUGAUUGCAAUUUAGUUUUUAAAUUUUUGCUUUGAAAUGUCUGCUUCUUGAAAAAAACACAAGGUGACAUCUUUUUUUCCUCGCGUCACUUUUAAUGAAGCUUUUUUUUUUUUUUUUUUUACCAUGAAUGUUUUUGUUUGGACCUGGACAAAAAACACACAAGUAUUUAUUUUCUAUCAACACGCUAAUUAAAGUGUCUUUGCUGCUCUGUCUUUCAGAAACAGUUCAUGGUCAUAUGCUACGUUAACGCUGAUGCUAGCAUUCACUUUUAUUGGCAUGCAUUAUUUUAGCAUAAUUUAUCGUCUUUAACUUGUUAGGGGUUUUUUUUAUUUUUAAAGUGAAUGUUCGCUAGGAAGCUAGCGUUGCAUGUGACAUUGCUAGGCACUGACCAAACCAUCACUCAAUAACUCCGCCCACAAGUUAGCUCACAGUGAGUGUGCGUAGGAGUUGCUGGGUUUUUUUCUCAUAUUGAUUUUUAAUCCUUGUGACAAGCUGAUUGUGUAACAUUUAAUUUGAGUGGCGCUGCCGGCGCUGCCGUCACUGCGUAGAUUGCGUCGCAUCCAGCUCUGCCAAGUGCCUCGAACCUGCUUUUUGUUGUGAUGUCCAGCAGGGGGCAGUGUGUUGUGUUAACGUUGUAACUCCCAAUGAGAUGUGUGAAACAGGUUUUAUUCACAAAUUGUAAAUCUACACGCAAGAAAACUGAAAACUCAUUAAAAGAGUGAGACAUUUUUUAAAAAUGUUAUUUCGUUUACUUUUUGAGUAUGACUAGGGGCAAGGGACAGUAUUCGGAUUCAAAUUUAUCUAAUGAGCGUGACGGGAUUGUUCCCAGGCGGGCCUACCAUUUCAUUGGCAAGUAUACCACAAAUGUGCUGCUAAGAGAUCUCCAAGCUAAUUAUGAACGCUAACUUUGCAGUCAAAGCCUGUGUGUCCCACUGAUCUAAAAAAAAGACUGUAUCGAGCUUCUAUUGUUUUAUUUUUGAAGCCAAUGGAAAUUUGCGGCGGCCAUCUUGGUGAGACCACUUUGCUGUGAGACAACAGUAUGGCAACGCACUGGUAAAACUUCGAUUGAUCGUAUAGCCACCAAAAUCAACUGCUAAAGGUUAUAACUACUCAGAUUUAUACGCUUUUGUGUCAUUUAUCAAGCUAGUAAGAUGUAUUUUAGCUUCGAGACGGACGAAAAAUUGGCUGUGUGGCAGCCUGCAAACAUUGUUUACGUACGGAAUUUAAAGUCUAUCUUUGUCUAAUUAUUUUCCUACGGUAAACCAUUAUUUUUUUUAUCUCAGGAUAAGGUUAAGGCAGGAAGAAAGCAGAAAUUUUGUCACAUGUCUUCUACCUUUGCGUGAAUCAUGUGUGGUAUCAGAAUUAAUGUAACUUGGUAGUUGUGGUAGCUUUUAAAAAAAGCUGUUUUUUGGUACAAAAAGACAUUAGAUAAGUGCAAAUACUCAAAGCCUACUGUAAAAAACUGCAUAGAAAUAAUUUUAUCAUUGAUUGCUAGGCUAGGCACCAAAAAAAAGGCCUAGUUGUGACAGGAAGGUGUAACUAGAAAAUUCUUGCAAAACCACCCAUCAAAGUUCAUACUUUAACUUUUGGUUACAUUUCGAGAACUUUUCAAAGCAAAGCCGUUCAAGUAGUGGCACAUAUAUCAGGUCAAAAAAAGGUGCCAAGUAAAAGUACUUACGAGUGGAAGGUUCUUGGGAAGUGCUUUUUAAGUUGUGUUUCCUCAUCCUCGCUUCCUUCACUGGCACUCCUGAUGUUUUUGAUGAUUUUUCACUAAUUCUGCGUUCGUAUACCAGCACAAUCACAAAGCUGUGGCGCGUAAGGUGGUCUCACCAAGAUGGCGGCGAUCGAAAAAAUCUGGCUUCAAAUUUUGGCGCGUGAAAACAAUAGGUUGCUCGAUCCAGUCUUUUUUUUAGAUCAGUGGUGUGUCCCAACUUGAUUAAAACAAUCAACGCCACCUAGCGUUGCUUUCCAUGUGGCUGGGGCUUAUGACCCGUAGUGCAAGCAGCCAGCCACCAGGGGGUCUUGGUGAGUGACUUGGCAGGGCAUUGCCAGGAAGGGUUGGUCAGCCUGUCCUUUAAAGAUGCCAGCUCCGCCCCCUCACAAAGAAUAUAAACAUCAGCAAUAACAGUGACAGAGCAGCCACAGUCAUC